AUGAAUAACUCACAAAAUUUUGAUAUACAUAAUUUAAGAAAAAUAGGAAGAAUAGGAAUAAGUAUUGGAGCAAUACUUGGAGUAACUUCAUUUAGUAGUUGGUUAUUUAACAACAGUUUAUAUAAUGUAGAAGCAGGUAAAAGAGCGAUAAAAUAUAAUAGAUUAUUUGGACUAUCAAAUAAAAUAUAUGGUGAAGGUACCCACUUUUUAAUUCCAUAUUUUGAAAGAUCGAUAAUUUAUGAUGUUAGAACUAAACCAAGGGUGUUAAUGUCCUUAACAGGGUCGAGAGAUUUGCAGAUGGUUAAUAUAACGUGUCGUGUAUUAUCUAGACCUAAUGAAGAUAAAUUAGUGGAAAUCUAUAGAACAUUAGGAAAAGAAUAUGAUGAAAAAGUAUUACCUUCUAUUAUUAAUGAAGUUUUAAAAAGUGUGGUAGCACAGUACAAUGCUUCUCAAUUAAUUACUCAAAGAGAAGUAGUAAGUAAAUCUGUGAGAGAACAAUUAGUUCAAAGGGCUAAGGAUUUUAAUAUUCUACUGGAUGAUGCAUCCAUAACACACUUGAGUUUUAGUAAUGAGUAUGAAAAAGCUGUAGAAGCUAAACAGGUAGCCCAACAAGAAGCUGAAAGAAGUAAAUAUGUUGUUUUAAAAGCGGAACAAGAAAAAAAAUCAACAAUUAUUAAAGCGCAAGGAGAAGCUGAAGUAGCGAAACUCAUAGGGUUAGCUGUUAAGGAUAACCCUGCUUUUAUGGAAUUAAAAAAAAUUGAAUUGUCGAAAGAAGUUUCGAAUAUCAUUUCUAAAUGUCAAAAUAAAGUUAUGCUUUCUGCAGAUUCACUACUGAUAAAUUUUGUCAAGUGA